AUGAACGAAUCACCGGAAACCGUAGAUAUAAAACCGAAUUACAACACAAACGAUGUCGCUGUGGAAGAAAUUGUAAAACGGCCAUUGGAUGGAUUGGAAGAUGUCUGUGAAAGCAAACCUAAAAUAUGUAAACUAGACGAAAAAAUUGAUACUGACCAAUCUAACAACCUGUCAAAAAGGCAGCUAAAAAAGAUCCAAAAGCAACAGAUGUGGAUGGAGAAAAAAGCGCAACGAAGGGUAACAAAUAAAGAAAAAAAAAUAGAAAGGAAAAAAUUGAAAGCCCAAAUGAGGGAAUCUGGAGUAGAAAUACCAAAAGUAAAGACAACCAAAAUGGCUGAGAGUGCAUGUAAACAACGUAUUGUGCUUGAUAUGUCGUACGAUGACUUGAUGUCUGAUAAGGAUUUAUGCAAGUGUUCAAAUCAAAUAUUGAGGUGUUAUGGUAUGAAUCGUAGAAUGGAUAAUCCUAUGCAAUUAUAUUUGUGCAGUUAUAAUGGAAAAAUCAAAGAAAUUAUGGCUAAACAUAAUGGCUCUGAGUCUUGGGAUAUAAAAUAUUUAGAAAAUUCAUUUGAUAAAGAAUUCCAGAAAGAAGAAAUUGUUUAUUUGACCAGUGACAGUUCAAAUGUCUUAGAAAGUAUAGAUGAAAACAAAGUGUACAUUAUUGGUGGUCUGGUUGAUCACAAUUCAUGCAAAGGCGCAAGUCUGAAAGUAGCAAAUGAUCUAGGUAUAGCUCAUGCUCGAUUGCCAAUUGAUGAACAUAUCAACAUGCAAACUAGAAAAAUUUUAACUAUAAAUCAUGUUUUUGAAAUAAUUUCAAAAGUGGUGACUGGAAUGUCUUGGAAAGAAGCAUUAAUUGGUACAUUGCCGAAAAGAAAAAUGUUCUCAGUCAUAGAUGAAAAAGACCUUUUGGAGUAUGAAAAUUGCUCUCUAGAAUCUAAACCAAAAGAAGAAAUUGAAUGUCCAGAUGCAGAAAAAAAUGAAAAUUUAAUAGAACAAAAUCUUUCUGUUGAAAACUAAAUAUAUAUAUUUUUUUAAAUAAAGAUAAUGCAUAAUCA